AUGAAUAAAAACAACAAGAAAUCUUCGAGGAAAAGGCCAGCUUAUAAAUCGUCAAAUGAGUCAAGCAAGUCAAAGUGCAAGUGCAAUCACAACAUUAUUGAUGUCAAUGAUGAAGGCGAAGGUUAUUUGAUUGCUGAUCAAGUGGAGCCUGUUUUUGUGGAUAGAUCUGACGGUGUUAAUCAAGGUUUAGGUUGGAAAAAAUAUGACGAACAAUUUCGUUUGAAACGUGCUUUUAAUUUGGACAUGUCGUGGUCAGACGUGGACUCAGAGUUAUGGUUGUUGUAUAUGUAUAGUCCUAAUCAAUAUUCAUUGAGCCGUAGCGUCAAUAAUUCUAACGCAGUUAAUAUUAGACAGGGGGGUCAAAAUAUUUCGGGUUUUGAAAAUCUCAGAGUAUGGAUUGUAGGUUCUUCUUUAGUCAAAAAGGCAUUUCCAGCAGCACAUGCUACAGGAAGCAAUCUGGGCUUAGAUCACUUCGGUUGUUCAAUUUGGUGGCAAGGAAAAUCAGGUUUAAGAUUAAUUGAUAUGGUUCCACAUUUGAAAACACUGUCAAAGUUUGAAAAUCCUCCAGCUUAUCUAAUUAUUCACUGUUGUGGAAAUGAUAUUGGUACAGUUCCUUGCAAGUGGUUGCGGGAUAGAAUUGAUGAGACGUUGGAUGAUAUUAAAAUUCAUUUCCCAAAUACCAUUUUGAUUUGGUCGCAGAUUCUACCAAGAAAGAAUAAUUUGGUUCUGUUCGAAAUAAAUCAUCACAUUGUUGGAAGCGUUCUAACAGUUGAAGACAUGACGGUGGAUUUUAUUGGUGGAUUAGAGUAUUAUUAUCCUGGAAGUGAAUAG